AUGGGGACGUUCGUCGCGGAUCCCAACAAGCCUGUGGCCCUGGUGGACUGCACCGGCAAGCAUCUCGUAAUUAUCCCCGCGUAUGCCUCCUCUCGUCAUGACUGGCUUGAGUCGGCAUCAAACAGCAUCUGCGGUACCGCGAGCAAUAGUCCGCGGGCAACUACGAUGCAUCUGGUUGAUGAGAGUGAUACGGACGUGCUUGCAUCCCCGAACCGCACCGACCUGAGCCCGAUGUUGGCUUCUAGCGCAAAUCUUAUGAUGACUGCCUUGGGCAAUGACAUAGCCCCUGGUGGUCAGGUUAUGGGCCCUCCCGAGGCGUUCUAUCCUUCCAGGGAAUUUGCCAUUGACAGCUCGUUCGAAGACGAUGACGACGACGACCCGGAGGCGGGGUUGAACGUAAACGAUUUUAUUGACUUUGGAGAUGGCUCGUCCGAUGAGGAAAUGGCGAAGGUCUUUGAUGACGAUGCGUUCACGUCGCCCACGACGGUAGUUCCACCGGCCGUGGUUGCUAGUGGUACGCCGACUCCAAACCGGGGUGAAUCUCAACAAGCCAGCAGCGCAGAGCGUUUCUUAAACCAUCUGGACCGGGGGGAUUGUGACGGCAUUCCGUCGCAACCACAACCGGUACCAGGCGCUCUUGCGGCUGCCGCAGCACCGGGAAUUCAUGCCGGCGAACUCACCGUCUCGACCAGCCAGCGUGUUCCGGCAUGCGCGACAUGCGGACCAACGCACCCCUACGCGAAAACGCAAAGCCAAUGGGUACACUGGCGGCGAGGCCGUACGACGCAAGUUGAUGGAUGCCCACCGCCGCAACCAGCUACCCUUUUAAGCGAUCCAGCAUCCGCUUAG